AUGAGCGAGUCGAUCCUUGCUGCGCUGUCUUCGUUGUCGAUCCAGGCUGGCGAGCCACGCACUGCAUCUCAUGCGGCUGCAUCUUCACAGGGCGAGUGGACUGAUGUGCUUGCCGCCUUGCCAGAGUCAACAAAGCCAGCAAACUACCGCCUACUGAAGACGCUCGUGUUCAAGCCCAAGACGGCCAAGUCUGAGACGCCUGUUCCCGUCAUGGUCGUAACAGAUGAAGCAACUCAGUGUAACACGUCGGCAAUUGGAUCGCAUUUGAAAUUGAAAGAGCUGCGUCUCGCUGUGCCAGAGCUGCUGCAAGCAACGCUCGGUGCGACGAAAGACGACGUGUCGCCCUUUUCAGUAACCAAGGAAAAUGCAGGUAAGCUGCGUGUACUAGUAGACCAGGAUAUGGUCGAAUCAGGUGUGAUGUACGCUGUGCAUGCGCGCUCGUCGUCUGAGACGGUCUUCGUGACGGGAUCCGUCCUUGCAGCGUACCUUUCGGGCGUGGGAGCAUCGAUAGAGACUGUGGCUUUUAGUACAUUGAGUGUGCCUAAUGCUGAGGCAAGUGCAGGAUCUCGUGCAGCCGGGGGCGCGAAACCUGAGUCCAAAUCGAAGCAGGACGCCAAGAUUCAGGAUGCUGAGCUCAUUGGCAUUACUGUGCGCAAGAACCUCGAUUUCCCAGAAUGGUAUCAGCAGGUGCUGCGCAAAGGAGACAUGUUGGACUAUUAUGACGUGAGCGGUUGCUAUAUUCUCAAGCCAUGGAGUUACUACGUGUGGGAAUCGAUCCAGCGCUUCUUUGACGCUGAAAUCAAAAAGAUCGGUGUGCAGAACUGCUCAUUUCCUAUGUUUGUAUCGUCAGAUGUACUAGAGCGCGAGAAGGACCACGUCGAGGGCUUUGCACCAGAAGUUGCCUGGGUCACAAAGGCCGGUAAGUCGGACCUUGAGAAGCCUGUGGCCAUACGACCAACCUCCGAGACUGUAAUGUACCCGUACUAUGCGAAGUGGAUCCAAAGUCAUCGCGACCUGCCACUGCGUCUGAACCAGUGGAACAGUGUGGUGCGCUGGGAGUUCAAGCACCCGCAGCCGUUCUUACGCACACGCGAGUUCCUCUGGCAAGAGGGACAUACGGCGCAUUUGCACAAGGAGCAGGCAGACGAAGAAGUUCGCUACAUCCUCGACCUAUACAGGCGCGUGUACGAAGAACUGCUGGCCCUGCCAGUCGUGCCGGGUGUCAAGUCCGAGAAGGAGAAAUUUGCUGGUGGCCUGUACACGACGACCGUCGAGGGCUACGUGCCGACCACAGGCCGUGGUGUCCAGGGUGGCACAUCACACUCGCUGGGCCAGAACUUCAGCCGUAUGUUUGAUAUCACCGUGCAGGAUCCUAAGGCGACGGAUGAAACGCGGGGUAAGCCAGAGGGCCGGCUCUUUGUGUGGCAGAACUCCUGGGGCCUGUCCACACGUACCAUUGGUGUGAUGGUCAUGGUGCACGGUGAUGAUAAGGGUCUUGUCAUGCCGCCUCGCGUAUCGCAAGUGCAGGUUGUGCUUGUGCCAUGCGGUUUGGGCGUCAAGGUUUCGCAGGACGUGAAAGAUGCGGUGAACAAGACAUGCGAUGACGUGGCCGAACAGCUACGUACUCGUGGAAUUCGUGCGCAUGCCGACCUGCGAGACAACUACAACCCAGGCUUUAAAUUCAACGACUGGGAGCUGCGUGGUGUGCCGUUGCGUUUGGAAGUGGGACCUAAGGACCUCAGCAACCAGUCGCUGAUUGCUGUCCGUCGCGAUACGGGAGCGAAGGAGUCACUUGCACUGAACUCGCUCGACCAGAGUGUGCCUAUGUUGCUGGACCAGAUCCACAACGACAUGUUCCGCAAGGCGGAUGCUGAGUUCCGUGACCACCGCAAGGUCGUCCUGACAUGGGAAGAAUUUACUCCAACACUGAAUGAAAAGAACCACGUGAUCAUUCCUUGGUGCCAAGUCGAGGAGUGUGAGGACCAGAUCAAGGAUCGCAGUGCCCGCAUUGCACUGGCAGGAGAGGCGCAAGAUGAGCGCGCUCCAUCUAUGGGCGCCAAAUCGCUGUGCAUUCCGUUCGACCAGACGCCGUAUCCCCCGAUUGAGGGCCACACGUGUCCACAGUGUGGCAGGCCGUCAAAGACCUGGACCAUGUUUGGCCGUAGCUACUAA